GUUCAACUGAAAUUCGUCGAGUGCGUUCCACAAUCCCAAAGCCCUCGACAAACACUCCUCUCUCUGCCCUCCGCCAAGCUUCUUUCCCCCCCUCCUUCAACUCCGAAGCGAACUGACGCCCAGCGCAAGGCGAACCCUGCGCCGACACCAGCCCAGCACCGAAUGACCGCAACACCAUCCGACGCAACCUCCCCAGCCCGUCCUCCGUGCUCCUCGCGAACGGCUACGAACAUAGCUCUUGGACCGUCCCCAAGUUCAUGACUUGCGCCGUCCCAAGCCACCCGACCUCUCUCCUUCCGUCUGACCCUCCGCGCGCCGGACGACCGCACACACUUUCAAAUAAAGACCGAGCAUGUGCCCCGCGCCUGAUCAUGGAGGCUCUGCCAUAGAUGAUUCCCGACCCGAAGACAACGCCAACACCCUCAACAACACCAUCGACGGCGAACACAACCCCUCCGAGCCUGUAGUCUUGGCCGGCGCCGAUAUCCGCACCAGAGCCCGGACAAUGACGAGCACCGAGGAAAUCGACAACACCAUAAUCCGGCCGGGCUCCGUCCGCAUCAAUGUCAAGGGCGCAUUCAUCGUCGAUCCGGACUCGAGUUCUCCGAGGAGCAAUGGCCGAGGUUCCCCGACCCACCACGAGACGAGCGAUAUUCGCCUGCCUAACCACCAUGCUGUCGUGAGCCAUAUCGCCGUUGACAUUGGCGGCUCCUUGAUCAAGCUCGUCUACUUUACGCGCGAGGCGCACUCCACCGAGCCCGGCGGUCGUCUCAACUUUCUCAAUUUCGAGACCGAUCGCAUCGACGACUGCAUUGAGUUCAUGCGCCACCUUAAGGACAAGCAGCAGACCCUCAAUGGCUCUCAACCGAACGAAUUGAGCGUUAUGGCGACGGGAGGCGGCGCUUUCAAGUUCUACGACAAGAUGCGGGAUGUCCUGGGCGUAGAUGUGUUGCGCGAGGAAGAGAUGGAAUGUUUGAUAAUUGGCCUCGACUUCUUCAUUACCGAGAUACCCCGCGAAGUCUUCACGUACAGCGAAACCGACCCCAUGCACUUUGUCUCACCUUCAGAAAACAUUUACCCCUACCUCCUCGUCAACAUAGGUUCCGGCGUCUCGAUGCUAAAGGUCUCGGGACCCCGUCAAUACCAACGUGUAGGCGGAACCUCGCUCGGCGGUGGUACGCUUUGGGGCCUGCUCUCCCUCCUGACAGGCGCUCGCACUUUUGAUGAGAUGCUCGACCUGUCAGAGCGGGGGGAUAAUGCCAAAGUCGACAUGCUUGUCGGCGACAUCUACGGGGGAGAUUAUGGCAAAAUUGGCCUCAAGAGCACCACAAUUGCAUCGUCGUUUGGCAAGGUCUUCCGCAUGAAGCGCACAGCCGAGAAUGAAGCGGAAGACCACGGUGGACUACACAAUGGCGAUAACAAGAACACAUCUCCGCCACCGGAAGCCUCAGCUGAAGAUGGCCCUCAGGGAGCAGCAGAGCACUCCUCAGAAGAGCCCUUCUCUGGGGCAGAUGUCUCGCGUUCGCUGCUAUAUGCGAUAUCCAACAACAUUGGCCAGAUCGCCUUUCUCCAAUCGCAAAUCCACAACCUGGACCACAUCUACUUUGGAGGAUCCUUUAUUCGUGGGCAUAGACAAACGAUCAAUACCCUCAGCUACGCCAUCAAGUUCUGGUCUCAAGGCAAGAAGCAGGCCUACUUCCUCCGUCACGAGGGCUACCUGGGCUCCGUCGGUGCCUUCCUCAAGCGCCAACCUCGCAACUGGGGUCGUCGUGGUUCUCUUGAACAAGCAGAGCCCAUGGAGAAGCGCAUCCAGAAUCGCAGGAUACACGACGUUGAGAUGCAAAGCCUCGUCGACGACUACGCUUCCGACUCUGGACGCGAAUCAGGACGCGACUAGCCAAUAAGC